CGAGGCCACGACACACUCUCAUCACACGCACGGACCCUACCCCGUCCCCGCCCGCCUCGGAGGCCGGGGCAAAACACCGCCAGGCAGCCCAGCCCCAGCCAGCCAUGAAGCGAACCAGAGCGCAGCAGUCCAAGGCGGAGGAGCCGCAGGACCCCUCCGCCGCCGCCGCGGCCAACCCAAACCCAAACCCCAAGCCGCAGCAGCGCCGGGCCAAGCAGCCGAGGCAGCCCAAGGCAGGCGCCAGGGCGAGGCCCGCCGCGGCAAAUGCCGCGCCUUCUUCGCCCGGGCCGGAGACGGCGCCGGCCGUGCCGGACGCGCGCGCCGUGGACUGCUGGGACCUCGACGCCGGGCUGAGCGCGGCGGCGGCCUGGUGGACGUGGGGCGUCGACGAGGACAAGCUGCUCGGCUGGUUCCCCUUCGUGGAGGAGGACUUCCGGUGCGCCGGCGCCGGCGCCCGCUCCUGCGAGGCCGAGGCCGAGGCGGCUGCGUUCGACCACGACAUUUGGAGCAUCUGGUGAACCGAGCCGGUGGCGGUGCUUUUCUGUUGCGCUGUUCUUGCUCUCUGCCGACGGUAGUGUCUUGGUACAAGAGCGCGCGGGAGGAUGUGUAGUAGGCGAGGUAGCUAGUCGACUGGUAGAUGCGAUGGUGUGUGCAUGUCGGCGUUGGUCCAACUCCAUUGAUCGCGCACACUGUCUCUGUCUCCCGGGCCGGGCAGACGUGCUUGGUUCUGUGCCUGAACAACGGCGGCAAUUUCCAUCCGAGCACGUCAGCACCAAAACUCGUGUGUUGAUUUGACAUUUUAGGCAGGCAUUGUGUGCUACGGGAUUGCAAUUCGCAGUUCACCCAA